AGAGCCGUAAGACUGCUAAGGGGAUUCCUUUACAUUGCGUAAAAUGUUCUGCUCAUAAUCUGUGCAUGCGUGAAGACGCAGGUUAUUUAUGCUGGCUCGCUGGCCCGGGGAUUAUCCUGCAGCGUUACACACAGGGAGGAGAGAACCAGUGGGAGGAGCAAGGAUGAGGGCUAAAUCAACACAUAGAUUAGCCAAUAGAAAAGCAGGACUAACAGAGCCGGGGGUGAAAAGAAGAUAAGGAGUUAGACAAACAAACACAGGAAGAGAGACAGUCUGAAAUCUCAAUGUGGAGUCAUAAAAAAAAAUGGUGAAUGAUGGAUUUACAAGGGAGUUGAAGGGUGAACAAGGUGCCAGAUAAAAAGGAAAGAUCUGAGUUUUUUUUUAAAUCUAAUCUAACAGUAUCUCAGUUGUUGUUUGUUGUGUACCUGCUCGGGCUGGCGCAGCUUAACUGUUGCCCUGGACCUGUUGAGGAAAACACACGGCCGGAGGAAGGGCACCCGGAGGAGACGGGCCGUUGCCAGAUCCAGCAGGAAACUUGAACACAGGCUCCGUGGAGCGAUGAGGACGGCCAGGCGUGCGAGCAACGUGGAGGUGCCCUCUUUCCUCCGCCAGCUGGUGAAAGAGACGGAGAAGAUGGUCACCUUCUUUUUCAAAGGAGGGUCCAGGGAAGCAGGGUCCGGAGAGGAGGACGGUUUCGAUGAUGACGACUCCCUGCCGAGCCCUUACCUGGACCGCCCCAACUUGGAGAAGAACGUGUCAGAGGGGGGUUCCGAUUUAGGGGUGAACUAUGCGGUGGCAAGCAUGCAGGGCUGGAGGGCUCAGAUGGAGGAUGCGCACACAUGCAUGCCCCAGCUGAAAGGAAACCUGGAGGACUGGUCAUACUUUGCCGUUUUCGAUGGACAUGCCGGCAUCACAGUAGCACAGUACUGCUCCAGAAACCUGCUGGAUCAAGUCCUGGCAACAGGUAGGAUCCAAGCAAACGAGGAGCCUGAGGAGGUGAAAGAGGGGAUACGUGAGGGCUUCCUCGCCAUCGACCGUCACAUGCAUAAAAUGGCCCGCCAGGACAACUGGGACAGAAGCGGCUCCACGGCCGCGGCCGUCAUGAUUUCCCCGCGCUACGUUUACUUCAUCAACUGCGGGGACUCGCGCACCCUGCUCUGCCGCAACGGCCAAGUGGUCUUCUACACGGAGGACCACAAACCCUUCAACCCCAGAGAAAAAGAGAGGAUCCAGAACGCCGGAGGCUCAGUGACCCUGCAGAGGAUCAACGGCUCGCUGGCUGUCUCCAGAGCGCUGGGGGACUUUGACUUCAAGGAGGUGGACUGGAGGCCUCAGACAGAGCAACUGGUGUCCCCAGAACCGGAGGUGUACGAGAUGGAGAGGACGCCCGAAGACGAGUUCCUGAUUUUGGCUUGUGACGGCGUCUGGGACGCCAUUGGGAAUGAGGAACUGUGCGCCUUUGUGCGCAGCCGUAUGCAGGUGUGCGACGACCUGAGGGAGAUUUGCACCCAGGUCAUUGACCUCUGUCUCUAUAAGGGCAGCUUGGACAACAUCAGCAUCAUCAUCGUCUGCUUCCCUGGUGCCCCCCAGGUGUCGCAGGAGGCGCUGCAGAAAGAAGCAGAGCUGGAGCAGCAGAUCGAUUCCAAAGUGGAAGAAAUCGUCCAGAUGAUGAGGUCCAAGGAGGAGGACCCUGACCUUCUGUAUGUGAUCAAAUUCCUGGCAGCAGAAGAGAUUGCCGGGCUUCCACCGGGAGGAGGGAUCACCAGCAAGAGAGACUGCAUCAUUUCCGCGUAUCAGAAACACGUCAUGGCCCACAGGACUCAGGAGCCCAUGGACAUUGAAGGAUCAGAGGAGGACUCAAACUAAAACUGCCACCAUGGGAACGGAAUCUACAUCAGCCUCCUCAUCUCCGUGGAGAUCAAGAUGUUUUAACCAGAAGUGUUACAUUUUAGAUGAGCGUGUAAUCUACUAAACACGCUCUCCUUGACAAUGACCCACAUAUUUGCUUUUUGGUCAAUUAAAAUGGAAUUUUACUUGAAAAAUCAUGUUGCUCAUUUGUAACCUUGUAUAUUAUUGAAUGACAACAGUUUAAGCAGCUUUUGUCUGUAACUUAUUCAAGGGAAAUUGAAGCAGGUGUUCAAAUAAUUGAAACAUAUGUUGAAAUUGUUCAGAAACAUUUGAAUUAUUGAAUAAUAAUAUUUUUUUUAAUUAGAGGGCAUCAAUAAAAAAUGA